UUAAAGAUACCACACCUCUGUUUCCUUGAAAGGGUGUUUCACACAUUUGAAGCUCAGUACCAUCUUGCAGCAGACAGCAAAAAAUAUUUAGUGCUGGUAUCAUCUGAAGAAGGACCGCAGGUGAGCCAUCUUGCUCUCAGAAAAAAAAGAAGCUUGUGCAAGUUCCUCGGGAGAUGACGAGCAGUUGUGGUCAAUGAUCUGUAAACAGUUGUGAAUCUGGGUUUCACUGGCUGUUCCUGAUGGUGUGGUUUAACUCUAAAAGGAUUUUCUGCAGCCCCAUGAAGUGUGGCAUCAUCCUCACUGUUCCCUGCUGUGUGUUCUGGCUGUUUAUCCAAAUUCAGUGGCUAAAAGGAAACGAGGGCUUCUCCUGCUGCCACUGGAACACUGGUAAAAAUUUGACCAUCCUGCUGUGGCACUGGCCUUUUGAAAUACCAUACAGUCUGGGAGGUGAUGUAUGCUGGGAUCUUUACCGCAUCCCUCACUGUAAACUGGUGGACCGGCGCUCCCUCUUCCCCUCAGCUGAUGUUGUAGUGUUCCACAACAGAGAACUGAUACAGGGCAGCCAGAAACUGCCCACUGAAUUCCCACGGCCGCGGGGCCAGAGGUGGGCCUGGAUGUCCCUGGAGCCACCACAUCACAAUGGGAACUUGCAGCAGUUUGCAAAUAUCUUCAAUAUGACCAUAUCUUACAGGAGGGAUGCGGACAUCACAAUACCAUAUGGGGAGCUGCUGCCUCUGGAGUCUGAAGGAAGUCUGGUAGAAGACAACUCUGUGAAUAAGAGCUCCCUGGUCUGUUGGGUGGUUAGCAACUACCAGAGCCACCACAAAAGAAGCCGAGUGUUCAAAGAGCUCAGUGCUGUAGUUCCUGUGCAGGUUUAUGGGAACUGGAAACAGAAACCUCUCUCUUCUAAAGACCUCCUACCAACAAUCUCUCGCUGCUAUUUUUAUUUGGCUUUUGAGAACUCUGAGGCCAAAGAUUAUAUCACUGAGAAACUUUGGAAAAAUGCCUACCAAGGCGGGGCCGUGCCUGUUGUCCUGGGACCACCAAUGAGUCAUUACAAAGAUGUGGCUCCACCAAACUCCUUCAUCCAUAUUGAUGAAUUUAAAUCUGUUAAAGAAAUGGGGCAGUACCUGCAACAGCUGCACAGCUCACCACAGAAGCUCCGGCCUCUUUGACCUGAUUGGUGCGGCCUCCAGGCUCCUGGCAGUCCAUCCCUCAGUUCACCUGGGUUCCUGAUUGGUGCGGCGUGUCUGGGGCUGGCCAAUCCCAGCCACCCAAUCAGAAGUGAACAGCUACAAAACCCCUGCCAGUCUGUCAGUCUGGGCGGCUGAUUGUGUGACAGUUCGCCUCUUUGUACAGAACAUUGGUUUGAGAGAAAGCUAACAUUAGCUAGCAGCUACCGUGUGGUCCUUUGUUGUUGCUUUUUUAGUUUGCUAAACCUGUGAAGUGUGGCCAGGGUUUAGUUUGAAAACCUGUGACUGAUUCCGUUAAGUUCCCUCACCUAGUACCUUCAUGUCUAGAAACACUAGGUGCAGGGGUGCUGUUUUUGGUUGUACUUUGGUUUUUUUUAGUGAGUGUAGACAGCCUUUGUUUUCCUUUUUGUUUUGAGUUAGUUUGGUUAUAUCCAUUUUAGCUCUUAGAGAGUCUUUAUGUUAUAUUUUUGUUUUUGAUUUAAACAGCACCCACCGGCCCUCUUCUUUGGUUAGUUUUGUUCUUUUUGUUAAUCUGUUAACCGGUAUUCCGGCAUUUUUGAGUGACGAAUAAACUACCUUACCUUAUACCAGCUGGGUUUUGUGUUGUUUCCCUUUUCCCCUGCAAGCUGGGUUGUAGUGUGUGUGUGUGUGUGUGUGUGUGUGUGUUGCUGAGGAAAACUAUUACAGAUCUGUAAAAUGUGUGUACCAUGUUUAUAUAGUUUUGUUCUGUUAACUUUUGGCACUUAUUGUAUGAAAAAAAAAAUGAGCAAUUGCAUAAGUAAACUGUCAGUGUCUUGUGAUGGUAAAUACCACAGGCUAUGUAACCCUGCCAGUUCCCGACAUCAUUGCUCAUGACUGAGGUUAGGCAAUUACAAUUAGGUCCACAAGGAUUUUGACAACAGUUUUUAUGAUUUUUACCCUUUUUACACCACGUCAACAGAA